AUGCCUCGCAAACGCAUUUACCACACCAAGGCCGAGCUUCGGGCUGCAAACCAGGCCAAAAGUAACCGAUAUUACCACAAGAACAAGUUGGAAAUACAAGCCCGGCGCCGGCAGGUAUACACCUCUCAAAACACUAUUACCACGCCUCAGGAACAUCUGAAUGACAAUGAAAUGGCUGCGUCAAACUCGGCUAGUCAGAAUGUUUUAGAAUCAAAUACAGCCCGAUAUAUCCGUCUAGCCGAGCAAAUGGGAAGUAAAGUCGAAACGUUCAUCAAAUUCUCGCCGUACAAGUUCGUCGACACGAUCUACCACAACUACGUUCAAUCAUGCAAUUCCUCCGAUGUUGGCAAUAUGCACAUAAUUCAAGCGCCUACGAAGCAGUUGAUGCGGUGGCAGAGGUGCCUGCUUCGAUGCUUUGAGGCUAUUUCACAAGACCCUGGUGUCGGUGGCGACUUGGGCAGGAUCCAAGCUCACCAUCAAAUGGCAGGGCGAGUAGUCGACGACCUACAGCAACUUCUAUGUGAGGUUAUGGUAGAAGAUUCGGUCUCAGCCUUGCAAGCGGCUCACGGCGUUGGGAAACUUAGUUAUCAGCAAAAAUAG